AUGAACUUGCGGCCUGUCCAGUAUCGUCACCUUCCGCAGGGUCUCCAGAUUGCAAUCGCCCGUGCUCAGAUGGAAGUCGCCGAGAAGCGGCUCGCGCUUCUGCUGGCGCAGGGCCCCUCAGCGCAAACUGCGGCCCAAAGUGACAGCACGCCGACGGAGGGCAAUGGAGGGGUUGAACUCGGCGAGGCCGAGGACAACAUGGAAGCCGGCGAGCCCGAGGAAGCUACGACACGCGAAGACAAGGGUACCUGGGACGCCAUGGUGGUCCCGCAAAGUACGCGGGCCCCCGACAUUGCUGGGGAGGACUCGAACGCCAUGCCGCCCGUGACAGCCAUAGACGACGAGAUGAUGCCUGCGCUCGACAACGGACCGACGGAGGUGCCCGACAACCAUCCUGGCGGUACGGACACGGACGAGAAUGACGAAGAUGCGCGCAGUGCAGCCGCGGAUGACAACGAUGAGGUGGAGGGCCUGGUGCGAGACGACGACGACGAAAUCGACGCGGUAACGGUGAAAACCGAAAGCGAGAAAGCGGAGACGACCGCGGCACCGACGAACGAGGAGGACGACGAUGCCAUGCCCAUCGGACCGUUCAUCGGCCGCAUACUGCGUUGGGCCGGUGUCGUAUGGUCCGACGCUGAGACCCGGCCAGGUGUGGACUUUGAGGCAGCGGCGGACCUAGCAACGGAGAUGAUGGGCUUUGAGAUAGCGAGUGCCCGUGACGAACAGGCCCCGCGCCGCGCACCUCUCGACAUCAAGUCCGCCAAGCAAUGGGCAUCGAAGCAGCGGAUGGUGUCGAAGAUCUACCCGACAGUCGCAGAGCCAAAUUACACGCAGCUCGUUGCCCAGACCUGGCGCAACAUUCGUGAGCAACCCUACAAGGACGUUACGAAGAUGAAGGGCCGGUACGGGCUCAUCGGCGUCAUACGGGCUAUCUAUCAAGCCAAUGCUAUCGAUCCAAAGAAGCGCGAAGACUUCCGCGUCGUCAUGCUCGAUGCAGCGGACGCCUUGCGGGCUAUGCGUGCGACCAUCGGGGCCGCGCGCGACGCUCAGCCGGGGCCGGCGGCAGCGCCGAUGGUGUCGAGUUCGCUCCUGGAAGUGCUGACGCAGCGUAACGCCGAGCAGACGGCACAGGCUACGGAGGCCAUCGACCGCAUGAGCAAAGGGGACAUCAUCGAGAUCGAGAGCGAGGACGAAGAGCCGGCGCGUGGUUACAAGAAUGGUAGCAGUGGAGGCGGCAAGGUGAGGCAGUUUUCUGCGAAGCGUAAGCCGACAAGCACGCCGGGACCCCCCCCGCAGUCGAAGAAGAAGAGGUCGUGA